AUGGACCCUGUGGGGGCAGCAGGCGCGUCGUGGGAGGGUGACUUCGCCAGAUGUGCCAGCCGCAGCUGGAGGGCACGGCAGGUCAGAUGGGGCGCCGUAGGCGGUGCAGCCGCGGUUAGAUACGGCCGCCCGGUCUGGCUUGACGCCUGCUGCCCCGCAGACCCCUCGGCGCCCCCAGGCCCUUUGACUCACCUGAACCUGCCGGACAACUCAGAGGCGCGGCCGCAGAGCGGAGCCGACGGGCGCAGCCACCCGGGCAGCUGGACCAGGUCAUCCCCUGAGCACGCCACGGUCCUGAGGGAAGGCGUGCGCCAGUGCCUGCAGCAACAGUGCCAGCAAACCGUGUGGAUCCUGCACGCCAAAGUGGCCCAGAAAUCCUAUGGAAAUGAGAAGCGGUUCUUCUGCCCCCCGCCCUGUGUCUACCUCGCAGGUCCCGGCUGGAGGGUGAAGCCAGUGCAGGGCCAAGCCCACCAGGCAGGGGAGACCGGGCCCACGGUGUGCGGUUACAUGGGACUGGACGGCGCGUCCGGAAGUGCCGCCGAGACGCAGAAGUUGAAUUUUGAGGAGCAGCCGGACUCCAGGGAAUUCGGUUGCGCCAAGACCCUGUUCAUCUCGGACGCAGACAAGAGGAAGCACUUCCGGCUGGUGCUGCGGCUAGUGCUCCGAGGGGGCCGGGAGCUGGGCACCUUCCACAGCCGCCUCAUCAAGGUCAUCUCGAAGCCCUCGCAGAAGAAGCAGUCGCUGAAAAACACCGACCUGUGCAUAUCCUCGGGCUCCAAAGUCUCCCUCUUCAACCGCCUGCGCUCCCAGACGGUGUCCACACGCUACCUCUCUGUGGAGGACGGGGCCUUCGUGGCCAGCGCGCGCCAGUGGGCUGCCUUCACGCUCCACCUGGCUGAUGAACACUGUUCCCAGGGGGACUUCCCACCUCGAGAGAGCUACGUCCGCUAUGGCUCCCUGGUGCAGCUUGUCUGCACUGUCACAGGCAUCACACUACCUCCAAUGAUCAUCCGCAAAGUAGCCAAACAGUGUGCACUCCUUGACGUGGAUGAGCCCAUCUCCCAACUGCACAAGUGUGCCUUCCAGUUUCCGGGUGGUCCUCCAGGAGGGGGUGGCAGCUACUUAUGUCUCGCCACAGAGAAGGUGGUGCAGUUCCAGGCCUCCCCCUGCCCCAAGGAGGCGAACAGGGCGCUGCUCAACGACAGCUCUUGCUGGACCAUCAUCGGUACCGAGUCGGUGGAAUUCUCCUUCAGCGCCAGCCUGGCGUGUACCCGGGAGCCCGUCACUCCGGUGCCCCUCAUCAGCACCCUCGAGCUGAGUGGCGGGGGCGACGUGGCCACGCUGGAGCUCCACGGUGAGAACUUCCACGCGGGGCUCAAGGUGUGGUUCGGGAACGUGGAGGCUGAAACCAUGUACAGGAGCCCGCGGUCCCUGGUGUGCGUGGUGCCGGACGUGGCCGCCUUCGGCAGCGACUGGCGCUGGCUGCGCACGCCCAUCACGGUGCCCGUGAGCCUCGUGCGCGCCGACGGCCUCUUCUACCCCAGCGCCUUCUCCUUCACCUACUCCCCCGAAUACAGCGCGCGGCCCGGGCCCCCGGGUGCCCCCGAGCCCGCCGCCGACGCCGACGCGCUCCUCGAGAGCAUCCACCACGAGUUCACGCGCACCAACUUCCACCUCUUCAUCCAGACUUAAGGGCGGCCUGGACCCUGCGGCUGAGGUCCGCCCCCGGGCCAUUUUUCUGGGUCCUAGGCUCUGCUCGCUGCGCCUUUGCUGCGGGAGCGAAGGAGGCAGCCCCAGCAGCAGAAGGCUCUCGCCGGAGAAACCUGGCCCAGCGAGAAACCCGGUCACUCGUCCUUUUACUUCUGGGAAGACACGACCUGAGUGAUGCUCUCUGUGUCCACGCACGAGUGUGGCUUUCCCUGUCUUUGUCUCUGUUGCACUCUAGCUCAAGCAUUCAGUCGCUCUGUCUCUCGCAGUGACUGCAGAUCUGUGUGUCUCUCUCCCUCCAUCUUUGUCUCUCUCCGUCUCUCCCGUGUCUCACACACAGCUUCACACACUCUGAGGAGCCAAGCCGAGGGCAUUUCACCCUCCAGGCAGCUGUGUCUCCUCAUGAAGAGAAAACACAUAGUUUCACACGCCCAAGCAUGGCUUGUGAGGCAUGACCUGCAUGCCACGGAGCACCAGGUCCUGCCCACCACGCUAGAGCUGACCUGGAGUGCCAAGCCCCACCUGGAGCCCUGGGUACUGCCUGGAGCCCUGGGUUCCACUUGGAGCACCAGGUGCCAUGUGGAACACUGGAUCCCACUUGGAGCACUGAAUGCCCCCUGGAGCUUGAGAGUCCUGCCCUGGAGUACUGGGUUCCAGCCUGGAAUACAAAAACCUGCCCUUCCUUGGACUCCCCAUGGCUGGAGCCAGGCACAGUACCUCUGCCUGUGUUUGCUCUUGGCAGCUGGGGCAGGUGGCUGGGACAGUGUUCAGGUCUCCUGUCUUAUCCGUCCACCCAGGCACUGCCCUUGCAGGCCCUGUAGGAUGCAGUUCUGAGGACCGGGGAUUCCUCUGCCAUGCUAGCAUCAACCCCUAUCCAAGGCAGAAUCUGGUCUGUAUGACCCACCUCCCCGAGGAGGGAGGUGCCCAGUGUACUUCCCCCACCCUCACACACACACACAGGAAGGGACCACAAGUCCGAUGGAACAGAGAGCCUAGCUUUUUGAUCCUUUCUGGAGAAGGAAUGGGGUUCAGAAGGAGCUAGCAUCCUGAUCCCCUGGGGGACACCUGUCGGCUCAGAGGAUGAGUAAUCCUACUAGCUAUCCCCCCUCCCCCCCACUUCAAGCAAAAUGCACCCCAGGCCCAGAGGCAAACAGAAUACAGAACAGAGCUUUCCCAGGACAGCUCUGGGCAGAAGUCCUGGGAUCGACUGGGCAACAACCCAGCUGAGAGAGGAACUUCUCUGCGUGGGGCCCAGGGACCAAAUCACAACCCAUUCCUGAGCAGCCUGCCCACCAUCUUCCAAGUCUGUGCUCUACAGUGAAGCAGCAGACCAGGCAGGGUCCUGGCUCAGGCCAUUAGAACCAAGGAUACAGAUGUAUCAUGAGUGCCAGUUGCCCAUCCCAAUCCCUCCCUCGUGGUGUCGAAUGGGGAGAACCGGUCUGAAAUGUAGGCUCAGGGCUCUCACCCUCCUGGGCCCAGUCUUUGAACUCUGAGGAAAGGCUCAUUUCCUGUGGAACUCCCCCGCUCCUGCCCCCGGAACGUGGAAAGCCCCUUGAGAAAGAAGAAGCUGACAUCUCCCAAGGGAGGGGAAUGGGGUUUACUCCUUUAGACUCCCAGAUGGCAGGAUCGCAAAGUCUUGAUGAAGUCCUGUCAUCUGCCAUCAGCAGGCUGAAACCCACUAUGUCGGGGAGGGAGACGCCUGUUCAAAGCCCUUCAUGGCCCCCGAGAGUGAAUCCUGCCCGAGGAAUGCAGGCAAAGAGUCACAUGGGAAAUGUCCCCAACAGGAGUGCCCCCGCCUCCGGAAGGUUCGAGCUCACUGCCCCAUGACGGCGUUGAAGCAGGAAGCCACUUGUAGGAGGCUAAGGGGAGUUUCACAGUGCACCACACGCAGAGUCAGGGCUCAAGGGCCCUUGCAGCCCGGCCCUCAAGGACUUCCUCUGCCACUCCACAAGGCGGGAGUCUCAGAAGCUAAGAACCUGGGCUGACCUGAAAGCCCAGGCCCAGCCUGCAGCUCCGUCUCCUUCUGCACUCCCCCAGGGCACCCUAGGACCCGUGGGCCCACUAAGCACCCCCCUGGAAGUCUGUGACCUCAAAGCUCUAGCCCUGGCCUGUCUUCUGAGUUCCAGCUGCUGGACUGUCCUAGGAUGCCCUCCUAGCCCGGAGCCUGAAUCCAUCUAACACCAAACUCCCCUCCCUUUCCACCCCCAUCACAGCACCUGAUCUUCUCUCUCCUUCCCCCACACCACUGUCACCAAGGCCUAAGGACUCCACCUCUCCUUCCACACUGGAAGAGGCUUCCUCCUUUCUUCCUCCUCCACUACUGCCCUGUCCUCCAAACCAGCUCAGAUGUCACCUCCUCCAAGGUUUCCCCACGGCAGGACCAACUACAUUAUUUGUGGGACCCCGUAUGAAAUGAAAAUGUAUAGCCCCUUGUUCAAAAUUAUUAAGGAUUUCAAGACAGUGACAGCAGAGCAUUAGCCUAGGGCCAGGCCCUUCUAAACAUGGCCUUGUGUGAAUGCACAGAUCACACGCCCAUGAAGCCAGCCCUGACCCCAGGCUCUCCACCUUGUGUUCCCACAGAACCUCACUGGGACCAUGUCACUGCCCACCUUGGAUCAAAGGACUUUAUGUACAUGUCAGUUGUCCCCCCUAGACUGUGAGCGUCCUGUGGAAAGAGGCUCAUCACUGCGUGUCCUAGAGGGCACAUUACAAUGCCUUGAACGUUGAGUUGGAGCUCAAUAAAUACCAAAUUGCAUUGCAUUGCA